AAGGCAUAGCCUCUUCAUACAACCAUUCCCAUACCAAAGAAACAAAAUGGGACGAUUUAAUCUCUUCAUGGUCCUCAUCAUCUGCCUGGCCGCCGGUGCAGUCGCCGAGCAAUGUGGGCGGCAAGCCGGUGGCCGGUUGUGCCCGGGAAACCAGUGUUGCAGCCAGUGGGGCUAUUGUGGGACAACCGAUGAAUACUGCUUGCCUUCCAAGAAGUGCCAGAGUAACUGCAAGCCUAGCGGCGGCGGUGGUGGCGGAGGCGGCGGUGAAGGAGCUUCUAACGUGCGUGCCACGUAUCAUUACUAUAACCCGGAGCAAGUCGGGUGGGAUUUGAACGCCGUUAGCGCCUACUGCUCGACGUGGGAUGCCGGUAAGCCUCUCGCAUGGCGGCGCCGGUAUGGGUGGACGGCCUUCUGUGGCCCGGCUGGUCCUCGUGGUCAAGCUUCUUGUGGCAAGUGCUUAAGGGUAACAAAUACAUGGACAGGAGCUCAAACAACAGUGAGAAUUGUAGAUCAAUGCAGUAAUGGAGGAUUGGACUUGGAUGCUGGUGUGUUUAGACAACUUGACACAAAUGGAAGAGGAUAUCAACAAGGCCACCUGAUUGUCAACUACCAAUUUGUUAAUUGUGGUGAUGGGAUCAAUCCUUUACUUUCAAUUAUUGACCAAUAUUAAUUAAUUAAGUCUGUCACACCCCCAAUAACAUGAUUGUAACACCUUUUAUCUUUUUCUUUUUUAAUUUAAUUUACGUUCCUUUGAAGAAUAAAGCAAAAAAAGUCGUGUUCUUACUUA